GUCAGGAACUGGUCAGGAGCGGACGGCAGUGAAGGAAUCUCAAAACUUUUCCAACACACACUGCUGGGCUCCGUUUACUGUUUCACUUCACCUCCAGUGUGGCAGCAAAUGUGAAAAUAAGGUCCACGCUUCCUUACUGUGUCUGUCGGUGCUUCAGUGGAUGUAACUGGCCGCUUGGAAAAGAGAGGAAACUUGCGAGACGGAAAACUUACGGAGAGAUGCCCGACCGACUGCAUCCCUCCCUCCAAAGUUCAGCUAAGGUGGCUAACGUUAGCUAGCGCAAGAGCCAGAUCGCUAAGUGUGAUGUAAAAGUUUGGAUAAACUUUUGUUUGUGUGUCAAAACAAGCGGCAACACAGCACUAGCACGUCGUAGUGAAGAGAGUAAUGUGGACACCAAAUAAUUAUAGCGAACUGAAAGCUUUCAUCCUUGGCUUGUUAUCUUAGCCGAGCCAGGUUACAUUAUCAAGCUAAUCAUUUUUAGCAAAGUGGAGCUAGCUGACAGACAGCUAGCAUCUGACAUGAGAGAGAGGUUAGUUAGUCAAAGUGAGAAAUGACAUGAAACACACUUCUCGUUUAUUAGUAAACGCUCAGCUCCGGCAUGAAAAAACUGCAGUACUUUAACGUUUCAGGAACUGUUUCUAUCAUGACCUUCUGAACAGCAUCACCACUUGUAUUUCAGAAGAUGUGAAGAGAUGAGAAAAGGUGGACUAUUGCAUGAGGAACUGUUCUGGAAUUCUGGACAGCUGUUAACAUUUGUGAAGCUUUUGAAGAAGCUGACUUGAGUGAUGUAAGUUUUAUUUGGAUGCAGUUUUGCUCCAGUCACUCCUAAGUCCUGCUUUUCUGCCACCAUUUUUGAAAUUUUUGAUCACAUCCUUGCCUUUUUUUUGGAGAGCAUUCUUCAAUUUGGAGCCUUCCUGCAUUGUUAUGAACGUUGUUCAUCGGGCACAUUCAGAGGGCCUGCAUCUUGGAUGAAGUGGACAGUGCUAUCAUGAAGGUGACAGUAACAUUUGGGCAGACAGGUGUGGUGGUUCCUUGCAAGGACGGAUGGACCGUGAGGGACCUCAUCCAGCAAGCCACACAGAGAUACAGAAAACUCCUGGAACAGGAAGGAGAUUUUUUGGUUCGUACACACCAUGUUGAAUACUGUGAUGGAGGGAUUCUCGACCCUGAUGAUAUACUCAGCGAUCUGGUAGAAGACAAGGACAAGCUGAUGGCGGUGUAUGAGGAGCAGGAAGCCCAGCAGAGGGGCAUGGCUAACAGUAGCCUAGCCCCCAGCCCUGAGCUUUACCAAGCGGAGCUCUCUGCUUUCCAGCCAAUCGCAGGAGGAGAGAUUGAAGUCACUUCCUCAGCCCUAAAGUCCAACACACCCCUGAUGGUGAGAAGUAGCAGUGACUCAGCCCUCAGCCCCCAGUCAACAGAGACUGAAGCCUCCUUCAAUGAAGACAUCACUGUGAUGGCAGCCAGUCCUGCUGCGGAGAGGCAGGCAGGAGUGGACCGAGCCCAAGGCAAACACACCUUCAGUGGCAGCCUGACCAGAAUGGUGGAGAUCCUGGGAGAAGACAGCCCUCUGGGAAUCCACGUGGUUCCCUACUGCUCAUCACUCAGUGGACGGGCUCUUGGUCUGUAUAUCCGUGGAGUGGAGGAAGAAAGUCGCUCAAGAAAGGAGGGCUUGUUUCAAGAGGAUGAGUGCAUUGUCAAAAUCAACAACACUGAGCUCAUGGACAAGACAUUCAGCCAAGCCCAGGAUGUGUUUCGUCAGGCAAUGCGUUCCCCAGUCGUACGCUUGGAAGUCGUGCCCUCCUCCAGCAGAGAACGCUAUGAGAAGAGUCUUAUCGGUCAGCUGUUUGGAAACAACACCGGUCCCAACAACAGCCCCCGAGUCACCAGGACCAAAGAGCCACCUCCACUUAUCAAAGCCAAACCGGUGUUUAAGCCCUCUGAGAAUCCAGCCACACGACUGGCAGAGGAAGCUGCCAGCCUUGAGCCUGCUGUCAAUACCCCCAAGGGUAGGAGUGAAAGCCCCCUUCUUAAGAAAAGCCCUGCCCUCACAAGCUUGGUAACCAAUAAGAGAGGAGGACGAAGACUGAGGAUCGACUUAAAGAAAGGCUCUGAAGGUCUUGGUUUUACUGUUGUAACCAGAGAUUCUUCAGUACAUGGUCCUGGUCCUAUUCUAGUCAAAAACAUUCUGCCACGUGGAGCUGCUGUCAAAGACGGACGCCUGCAGUCUGGAGACUGCAUACUAGAGGUAAAUGGUGUGGAUAUUACGGGCGUGGGCCAGGAGGAGCUGGUGUGUAUGCUACGCAGCACUCGACAGGGAGAGAGUGUGUGUCUUGUGGUUCUACGCCAGGAAGACAUGUUCCUGCCCAGAGAGAUGAAGGACGAGCUGUCCCGUGUGCCAGGUAGCGUUGUUUCAGAGAAUGGGAAGGAACAGCUCAUGUUUGAGGUUCCCCUCAAUGACACCGGCUCAGCGGGGCUUGGCAUCAGCCUCAAAGGGAACAAGUCCAGAGAGACAGGAGAGGAUCUUGGAAUCUUCAUCAAAUCGAUCAUACAUGGAGGAGCAGCAUACAAGGACGGUCGUCUGCAUGUCAAUGACCAGCUGGUGGCUGUAAACGGGGAGUCGCUGCUGGGGCGCUCUAACCAUGCGGCCAUGGAGACUCUCCGGCGCUCUAUGUCACAGGAGGGAAAUGCAAGAGGGACAAUCCAGCUAGUGGUGCUGAGGGUUUUGAAGGAUCAGCAUGGGGUGUCACCCAGUCGCUCCUUUGACAGCUCCUCUGGACUGAUGAGUCCAGUGAACGGUCAGACAAGAUCACUCAGUCCGGCCACUGACUCCAUCCUCCCUCCCCUAGUGACCAACAGCAUCUAUGCAUCUAAUGUGACCAAUGGGAGUUACUCUCACAUGGAUGAGGAAGAAGACGGGGUGCUGUAUGGACAUGACCCUGAGUUCAGCAACUCUAUCCAACACUCCUGUCUACAGGAAAGGGAAAACGCUCACAUCUCGUGCCCGGCUCAGCCCCAGUCUCCCACCCAGAACCAGAACCAGCGGCAGUUCCAGCACGUUAAAGCCUCCAAGAGCAUGGACCUGGGUACGACUCAGAACCAGCAUCACACUGUGGAAGAUGAGAGCAACGUUGGAUCCACGGUUGGAAACACUGCAGCUCCAUCUACUCCUGUGGAACUCGGCCCUACUCUUGGCUUGAAGAAGUCCAGUUCAUUGGAGAGCCUCCAGACGGCCAUGUCGGAAGUCAACAGAAAAAACGAACUCCUCCCAUUCCAUCGUCCUCGGCCAAAUAUGGUCAGGGGGAGAGGCUGCAACGAGAGCUUCCGAGCAGCUAUCGAUAAAUCCUAUGAUGGACCAGCUGAGGAUGAUGACGAUGAUGGUUCAGAGCUGAGUUCAGGCCGGGACACCCCUGCCAGCAGUUCAUCCCGCCAGGGAGUUGGUGAUCAGAUAGAGGAGAAAUCCAAAAAAGACAAGAAAAAGAAAGCAAAAACAAAGAAGAAGGAAAAGAGCAAGGGGAAAGGAAAAGAGAAAGAGAAAAAGAAACCAGAGGAGCCUGAGGAGACGGAAAAGAAGAGCAAGAAAAUAGGCUUUGGCCUACUGAGAUUCGGAAAGAAAAAGGAGGAGAAGAAGGAAGCGAAGGCGGCUCUGCAGCGACAAAAGUCAGACAUUCUGAGUGACCAUGAAUUUGAGAGGAUGAAAGAAGAAAGAGAGAGAAUUGAGGCAGCACAUCCCGAGCUGCGAGAGCAGCAGUCCAGAGACCAGCAAGGCGGUGGGUCGGCAUAUCCAGACUUUGAGGAUGAUGACGCAGAUCCCAACUAUGCUCGUAUACAAUCCUUCAGAGACAGAGAUACUGCUCCAGUGCCUCAGCCACUUGCUCAGUCACCUCCCUACAGUACCAUUCAGCACGCCCAUGGCCACAUGCCCUCCCCCCAGGGCCCCUCUGGCUUUCCAGGGCAUGGAAAUCAUUCCAAUGAAGCUGGAGUCCUCCCUGAUGAUGACCCCCUUGACAAACUGUAUGCCAAAGUCAACAAACCAAGGGGAGCUGGAACUACAUCUCCUCCUGCUCCUGCUCCUGGUAAUGAGAGCAGUAUGGACAGGAUCCAGCAACUAAGAAGAGAGUACCAACAAGCCAGAAGAGAAGGAAUGGUGCCGCCUUAUGAGGAACUGGAUCCACGACGUAGAGGCCAUGAAAAUGACCCACACAGGAUGCCAGGCAGAGGGACAGAUCAUCGGCUGUCACCACGAUAUGAGGAGGUGGAACGUCAGUAUGCCUCCUUACCAAGACAUGCGAACAGCGGACAUGGAGCCAGGAGGGGCAGAAGCAGACAUCCCAAACAUGAUGGACGAGGUCCACUGGAUCCAGCUGACUACCCUGUGCAACCGUGGUCGGGCCAUUACCCUGGACCUCCCCCAGCCCAGCAGGGAUACCCCCAGUCCCCAUCCUAUCCUAACCCCAGCGCCCAGUCUGGCCCUUCUUACUCCAGCUACCAACCUGGACAGCCAUACCCACGACCAGGGGACCCUCGUGGUGUUGAUCCUGGCUACUACCCCCAUCCGAACUCCCAGCAAAGAGGGCCCCUGCGGCAGGAUGUGCCUCCAUCUCCCACCCCGCCGCUACGUGGACUUCGGUACGACACCAUGACACGAGGCACUGGGGGUGGAGGUUACAGGUAGGGGGCGAUUUGAGGAAGAGGAUAAUUCCAGUUACAGGCACCAAUUGGAGCCCAGUACAGUCUGGUAUGAUUAUACUGGGGACGGAGAAAGACAGCAACACCAAACCAACCCAAGACAGAAGAAUGCCAUGACUGCAGCUGUGUAGAUAAACCAGAUCCAGAGAUGAAAUUAAGCAGAACUUUAACUGCUUUGCAUCAUGCAGCUCGCCUGCUUUCAGUACUCCAGUGAAAUAUACUUGUGAAACCUCUUAAUGGUGUAAUUUGAAUUACCAUCAUUAUCCAACACUGUCGGUGUUGUUUGAAGUAUAUGCUAAUGCACAGACAAGCAAGGUAAAGAAGGUUAAUUACAGGGUGGCGGACGUGAUGCAUAAUGUCUUGGUUUUUUUUUUAAAUCAUUCAAAUUGCUUUGAAUCUUCCCAGAGUUUAAAAUUAGCCAGGUUUUCACUUUUCACUAUACUCUGAUUAAGUUGUCUCUUUCAAGCCUCAGUCAGAGCAACAAAGGUAAUUGGAUCCAUUUAAAUGAAGCCACUACGGGCGUACAUACUGCUCUGCAUACUCUCAUAUUGUUCCUGGUGGUUUCUCUACUGCUGCUACAACAAGCCAAAAAGUUAACUAUCUAGCAUUGUAAUUUAAAACAGCAUUCUAACAUAGUCUGUGUGGACAUUCACAUGGAUAAAUAACACGUCUCAGUGUUAAUAAGUUUGUGUAGUCAAACCAUUUUGUUUAGAUUGAAGCGGUUCAUGUGAAAAUGUGUUUGCAGCGCUUUGAGUCUCCUCUGAAUGUUAGUCAAGAUGUGGACGACAAUAGAAAAAGCUGAAAUGAUCGUGUGUUCCAAAACUGCGUAGAUAGCAGCAAAUUAGAAAAUACACUGAUCUGCCACAACAUUAAAACCACUUCAAGGCGAAGUGAAUAACAUUGAUCAUCUCAUUACAAUGUAAUAUUCUGUUUGUAGUCUGUAGUCCUGGCAUUUAUGUGAAAGUUACUUUGACACACACCACCCACCUAGACGUUGUCACAGACUAAGCAAACCACCAUUGUCCCGUGUCCAUGGCCCGACAGGUCAGAGGUGUUUUGGCAGCAUGAUGGGGCCCUACACGAUAUUAGACAGCUGGUUUAAGUGUUGUGGCUGAUUGGUGUAUAUCUCUAUUAGGAAUGGAUGCUGAAAAAAAAGUCUGCAUAAAAUUACAAUCAGCAAUAUCAAACAGUAUAUCUAUCCUCGCUGAUUAUACUAAAAACAGUUCUACAAAACAUCUAGAGUUAUGGUGAUAUUUACAGUAUGUUAAAGUAAGGGCUCAUUCUGAGGUUCAUUGUGUCAGUUUGCCAAACAGGGAGAACGCCACUGUACCACUAAACUACAGGUUUAGUUUUAAUGACUAGUCUGUGGUAUCACAUAUUGGUUUGUCAAUGAAGUAAGGGAACAUUUAAACUGCAAAGUAGAGCACUGUAUGAAUUAUCUGUCCGCGUAUUGAGAUGCUUUUAAUAAUUCUAUGAUUGCCUUUCAUUUUUAUCCAUUUAAUUACAUUUUUAAAUCUAUGUCAACAACCACUUUUAGCAGUAGGUUUACAGCACCUAUGAAUGUCCGUAUUUCUGCAUUAAUAUUAUAGUGGAAUGACAACAUCACAAAGCAAUUCAUGAAGUACUAAAUCUCAACCUGACAUCCAUUUAUAUUAGUGUCAGGGCAUAUUAGCAGUACUGGACUAUAGUUAUUUGGAAUGACCUCUACUUGAAUGUAUUAUAAACUUGCAUGGAUGACAUUUGGGCAGUCAUCUGUACUCAAUCCAUGCUGUAAACCUGUGUUUACUGAAUCAUUUAUAGGCGAUCAGAGUUUUCUAUUUUCUCAUUUGCUAUCAGACAUUCAGUUCACAGAUAGUCUGCUGCAGUAAAUACGGGACAACCAACAAGUUUCUGGAAGAAAUUGCAUUAAGAACAAGACAUUCUGUAAUAACGUUGCAACUGCUUCUCAAAUUACAGCCCACUCAAAGCAAUACUCACACCAAGCAAGAUAAUUCCAGCAUGAACAUUUUUCACAAAAAACGCUUUUAAUGCUGCCUUCCUCUUUACUGGAAAGAAUAAGCAACAAUAGUAGUUAAUUUUGUAAUAUAUAAAGCCACUACAUAGUGCUAUCCUGUACUAGCCUUGCUACAUUUCCACACUGAAUGUGCAGGAGCAUAGUUGUUUCAGCCUUACUGAUACUGGUGAGUAAACCAGACAGAAAAGGGUUUUCUUUUUUGGGCAGGUGUUUAACGGAGCAGAGAUAGGGGUCGUUUCCACUCCGUGUUGCUUAUGCCAGGUGCUGUAGUUUGGAUGUGAAGGGCUCUGUGACCCCGUGGUGUAGGCAUCACUGAGUGCUGAAGUCCUGCUCAAACAUGAAGUGAGCUUCAGAGUGCAGUCAGUGUGUUCAGUGCUGCACCACAGUGGAGAUCCAUUUAUCCACUUACCAAACCAUCAGUUAAGUGUGACUAAGAGUUAGAGUGUAGCGUAACAUUUCUGUGUUUCACUCCACAAAGCUCAGCAGUAUUAAUUUCAAUGGAGCUUAAAUGUUUAAAAUGACAUUUCAGGAUUAGGUGGAUCGCAUUUCUAUUAAUAUGACUGAUGGUGAAAUCCCACUAAAGUGAAUGUUGAGAGUAAUUUGACUGAAACCCAUGCAAAAGAAUGUAAAAUAGAUUUUGCUUUGAAAGCUUUUAGUUUGUUUUCUUGGACGCAACUGGAUUUUUGGGGGGGAGUGGAAGGGAAGAAUGGAAGCGGAAAGGUUGGCAGGAUGGAAAGAAAUCAAGAACAGAUGGGAUGUACGGAUUUAUGCAAAGGGGAGAAAUGAAUAGAAGUGAGUGAUGAGUAGAGAAGCAAAGUAGGGCCGAAAGAAAGAAAGAAAGAAAGAAAGAAAGAAAGAAAGAAAGAAAGAAAGAAAGAAAGAAAGAAAGAAAGAAAGAAAGAAAGAAAGAAAGAAAGGAAGAAAGAAAGGAAGAAAGAAAGGUAAUAGAAGAUAUUUAUGGAAAGAGUUGGAAAAAAAUGGUACAAACAUAAACGCAGUGCAAGAAUCCCAAACCUUUUGUGGUUCGCAAUGGGAUUAUCACAGAAGAAUGGAGCAGAAGAUAGAAUGAAAGUUCAUCAAGAUUUGUGCAGCAUUUGUUCUGCAGUGGGAGGAGGGUUACAGGGGUCGGCUUGUGUUGGCUGAAUGUAGUGAAUUUUGGGAAUUAUUCACAAAUAUUUGCUGGGGUUUUUUUUGUUGUUGUAUGCUAUCAUCACUUUUCAGCUCCAGUGUGGAAAUCAAACUUCCAAAUCAAAAUGUUAAUAUAUUACUGAAAGUAGGAUAAUAAAGCAUAUUUUUAGGAGCUUGACCUGAUGUCAAGUAAAGAGAAGCAAAGCCGAAAUAAUUCACGUCCCUUUAAAUCAUUCACUCCUUUGCUCAGUGCUGAUAUUACAGCAGAUAAUAGACUAGAAAGUAACAGCUCAAUAGUACAAUGUGUGAUACUAGACAAGGGUUAAUCAAAACAUUAGGAGACUGUAACAUAACUGCCUAUAACAAUCAAAAACUGUACCUGAUUUGAAUUUUGUGGGCGUUCCUGUUACAGUAGUCUCCUUGUCCAUGCCUUUGCUUCCUGACCUCAUGCACCUUGUUCAAUUUUGGAAACCGUGGGCUCUUUCACUGUAAAAACUGCUGUUUCUGCUCUUGGUGGUAGCUGCAGACCCACCUCUCAUCAAAGUGAUGAUCCUCAACAUGAAUUUUGAUCGUCUCCAUGGAACGUGAUGGUCUUUUUCCUUGCUCCAGAUUGACAUCCAUGAAUGAUGCGCUUGGUGCACAAUGAACGGUCUUGGAACUUUUUGAUCAACCCUUGUUAUUUACCGUACAUUAUUUCAAAUGUUACAGAAUAAGCUCUUCGCAGGUCACAUGCUAAAUGUGAAGUCGGUUGGUAAAUGGUAGUCUGAAGUAAUCUGUCUAAUCUAAGUGUAGCAAAAUGUAUAUGCAAUAUGACAACAAAAAGUCUUGCUGUUUUAAACUCGCAGGGCCUUCUCUUGUUUGACUGAUGACUAAUAUGACAUUACGGCUAAUAAUUUAUGCUGCUGAGUGAAAAUGUGAGCAUCUGUAGCUGAUUCACUAAAACUAAAAGAAUUAAGAUCUCUGUUCAUUACAAAAAGGUCAUUUUCAUUACUUUGAAUAAUCAUAUUUACCUAUGCAUUCCAAUAUGCUAAAGACUGAGCAUGGAGUACCAGAGGUAAUGAUCCUCUGGGGUCACGUGAAUGAUUUUGGUGUUGUCAGUCUGAAAGUGGAUCACACUCCCUUAAGACAGAAUGAGCAGGAAUCAAAGAUGAAAGUUUUCGUCCGCUGUGUGUAUCUGAAUGCUGGGUCCGUGCGUGGUGAGGCUUUUUGCGCUACAGUAUAUUGAGAUGUGAGACGGUGUAUUUCUGUUACUCCUCUGAUGCUAGUACACAGUCCACACAUAUGUAACUCUUCACAAGCAUUUAUUUUUUAUGUUUUUUUAAAAUAAUAGUCGAUGUUGCUGGUUGUGUCGACAAAGGCCGUAGAUUGUUUGACUAGCAUUGCCAAGCUACUGUACGAAUGAGGUACACUGCAUACUUUUGGAUCACUUUUCAUUCCCAAAUUCAAUUCAGGUUCUUUUUUCUAUACACAAUUUACAUUGAAGUAAUAACCCGUACAAGCAAAUUUUAACUUGCUUUCUCGAAAAUUUCGAAGAAAGUGUGCAAAAAUAGACGCAGUGACACUUUAUGUACCUUGGUAAACAUGUCAAACACCCUGUCAGGCUCUUUGGUUUUUAGCAGUUGCACAAGUUGAAGGUACUCUGUAGAAUCUUCUAUAUGAAGGCUUCUGGUACUCCUGGAUCUCCUUUUACAGAGAUCAGCAAAUGAAGGAACCAGCUAAAUAACCUGUCUUAGAAAUAUAACAUUUUUUUAUUAUACUGCUUGCAUCUAAAAUUUCAAAUUUCCUUUUAUAAUGUAACAGUUCUAUUAUUGUUUUCCAACAUUUUAUAUUUAUGUAUAUAACAUCUUUUUUUGCAUUAAAAUAUUCUUUCCAAGA